AUGUCAAGCAAAAGGAACAGGCUGAGCACGUGCAAAGGGUACAUGGAAGCCAGAGCAGAGGGUGUCGAGGACACAAGAACCUCCUUCCUGCGUCAGAACAGCACACAGUGUGGUGAAGUAUGCAUGCGGGCCCACACUUACGGAAGGGCGGACAAGCCCCCGUGCCUACAAAACCCAAACGGCAAGGGCCGCUCCGCGCCCACCGGUCCACGGUGGAUCUCCCACCCCGCAGGCAUGCGCGGACGCGGACGGGGCUCGCAGCGCUGCCACUGCCCGCCCCACGCCUGGCAGCCGCGAGCCGGGCCGCGCGGCAUCGCUGAGGCGCCUCGCGGGCGGGCAGGCCGCAUGCGCAGAGCCGGCGGCGGGCUCUGGUGGGAGCACGUGCGGCGGCGGCGGCAGGGCCUGUCGGCGCGAGCCUCCGGUGCCGCCUCAGGAUCCGUUGUUAUGGACGGAGACAAGGACCGUGACAAAGUUGUGGAACAUGUUGUGGGCACCCACGUUGAAGAUGCUGUAACGUUUUGGGCACAGAGUGUCAGUAGAUGUAAUGACCUCUUGGAAUUAAGUUGUGAGCUGGCAGAUGCUUGUCCCAAGGCUAAUGCAGUUUUUGGCAAACCUGAUGUUGGUAAGAUUUAUGGUGGCUGUUUUUCUGAAGACAGAUGUUGGUACAGGUGUAUGGUACAGCAAGUGAUCAACGAUAAAAAAUGUCAGGUGUUGUACAUAGACUAUGGAAAUUCUGAGGUUCUGAAUAGAUCAGACAUAGUGGAAAUUCCGCCUGACUUGCAGUGUCCGAGCAUUGCCAAGAAGUACAGACUCCAGGGACUGCAGAUACUGGCUGAUCAGAAUGUAAACAUGUUUGAUGAGGGGAAGAAGUUCUUGAGCAGCCUAGUUUUUGAAAAAGAAAUAAAAAUACAUCACAAAGCCAAGCUCGAAGAUGGUACCAUCAUUGCCCAGGCAGAAUAUGAAAAGAUAGAUAUUGGAGAAGAGGUGGCCAAGGCAGGGUUUGCUCAAAGAUGCACAUCUCCAGGGUACACUAAAGAGGCAGAAGAGAAAAAAGCAGAUGUCAUGCAAAUACACAAUCGGAAGAUGAAGAUUUCUGUUCCACUGUGGUUAAACAGGUCUGAUCACACGAUGCACAGCUCCCAAAGAGGGCGUGUUGAGCAAGGACCUACUGGCACCAGGAACUGGAAUUUUCCUGUAAACCGGAUGUUUGCCCCAAAGGAAAAGGUGCUAGGUUUCAGCUCAGUGCCAGCCACCAGCUUGGCACAAGUAAGACCAGAUCAGAAGCUGCCUGAAGAGAAUGAAGUACUGAGAAGGCAGAAUCUGGAUCUCUUGCGGAGGCAGAAGGAGCUAGAACUGAAGGUUCAACAGCUGAAAUGUGAGCUUCAGGUAUGUGGAAGUAAAGAAAAGGAGCUGUCUAGGAAAACUACUGAAAGUUUUGAGAAGACCCUGCAUACUUACCUAGGAACAAAAAUGAAAAGUUUGGCUACUAAGGUGAAGGCACUGAAGGAAGUCAGGCAUGCAAAUAAGAGCAGUCAUUUUGGGGAGCAGCUCUUGGAAGCCAUAAAGGUGGUUACAGAAGGAUGUCUCACUGUUCCAUGUUCCUUGGAAAAACUGAAGAAUAUUUGGACAGAGUAUGACUUGGCUCAAGAGAGGAUUCAGUUAUGCACAAAUAUGGAUGAAAGAGAUGAAUUGAUCAGCGAGAGAGAUGAGGUGCAGCAGGACUUGUAUUCAGCAGUGAAAGAAUUAAUUUUGGAAGUGGAUCAACUGCCUCUCUCGGAGCGCUCAGGAACAUUACAGGAACUGUCUGCUUCUCUGGAAAUGUAUGAUCAAGGUUCUGAAGCAGGUGACUCUGAGAAGGUAUUUCAAGAGUUCUUUAAAUGGAAGAAUAUUAAAACAGAGAAAUUAAUUUGUGUCAGAAAUGAUACAGACACAGCUCUGCGAAUUCUUGCUGACUGGUUCAGUGGUGUCUUAAAGUGUUUUGACCUGACGUCAGAAGCAUCUUCAGAGCUAGACGAAGUGGUUGGCAAGGCAGAUGAAAUUCUGAAAAAGGUUGAGUUGGCUAUUUGUGAAGAACUGGAUGCUGACUUAAAUGAGCGUGAUGAAGCAGAGAAGAGAAUAAUUAUAAGUGCUUACAGUGAAGUUAUGCAUAAAGUUCGUCAGGAGCAAAGUAUGAUCUCUGUCAUACAGAACAGAUACUUGGCCAGUGUUGAGUUCAAAAACCAGGCAGAGGAAUGGAUGAAUAAAAGACCCAAUAUCAACAGCUUACUGUCAAUUAAGAAAAAUGUGAAAGCCUUAAAGGCCCAGUUAAGAUGGAAGCUGGUUGAAAAGAACAACUUCGAGGAAUCUGAUGAUUACAGUGAGUGUGAAAUGACACGAAUAAAAGAGGAAAUUGCUGAACUUCGAAAUAGGGUUCUUCAGGAAAUAGCCAAGGAACAAGAAGAAUAUGAGAAGCUUACAUGUUUGGUACAGAAAUGGUUCCCUGAGUUACCACUUCUUUAUCCAGAAGCAGGAAUUCUAAACUAUAUGAACUCUAGUGGACUCCUGACAUGCAGCCUGGAGCGAGAUCUUUUGGAUGCUGAGCCCAUGAAGGCACUGAGCAAAAAGCGACCGUUAGUGUGUUCAGAAAUUUGGGGCCAGAAGGUUCUUUUAAAGGGCUACUCUGUAGAUGUAAGCUCGGAAGCCAAAGUCAUAGAAAAUGUUGCCAAGUAUCACAGAGCUUGGAAUCAACAGAAAGAAAAAUCUGGAUUAUUACAACUGUUAUUCCUUCUUUCCAGCAAGUCUGAUCCUUUGAUGUAUUUAAUGGUCCCGUAUUACCCAGGAGCAAGUCUGGGAGCUGUACAGGCUGAUACACCUUUAACUUUAGAAGAGUCAUUAAAAGUGAUGAAAGGAGUGGCCAAAGGUCUACAGACAUUGCAUGGAGCUAAUAUAGUACAUGGAUCUCUGAAUGGAAAUAAUGUUUUUGCUGUGGAUCGAAAACAAGGAAUUGUUGGAGACUUUGAUUUCACAAAAUCAGAGGAACAGCGUGCUGCUGCAAACACUAUGAUUGUCAGUACCUUGAGCUUAAUUUCUCCUGAACUGAAAAUGGGACAGCCAGCUUCUCCAGCCUCUGACAUGUAUGCUUAUGGUUGCCUUCUGUUCUGGCUCUGCAUUCAAAACCAGGAGUUUGGGGUAAAAGAAGAUGGAACACCUGAGGUGGAAGUGGUUGUCAUGGAUGAUAAGGUUAAAUCUCUGCUCCUGAAUUUGUUCUGCUGUAACAGACUGACAGCUGAACAGGUGCUGAGGAAUGAUUGCUUCCUUGUAGUUGAUGAGAUUCCGGUUUCACCACAAGCACAUGAAGAGCAUGAACCACAUGAAGAACAUGGUUCUGAGAAGACACAUUAAAAAAAAAAGCAUUGAUUAACUGAGGAGAAUGGAGCAAACCCUACUGAAUAG